AUGGCCAUGAGCAUUUCGGGCCCAUGGGCAGUGGGCGGCAAUUUCAACAUUGUCCUAUCCACUGUAGAAAGACAGAGUAAUAGGAAUCAGGAUUUGGGCAGCUACACGGAAUUCACAGAUGUUAUGGAAUCUGCAGGAUUGAUGGAUGCAGGUUUCAGCGGUAACAGGUUUACUUGUAGCAAUAAUCAAGCAUGCAACUCGCGAGUUUGGGCUCGCCUAGAUAGGGUCUUAUGCAAUGGCACUUGGAUUAAUGUUUUCCCCCAUUUCCAAGUCAAGCAUCUCCCUCGUGUUAACUUCAACCAUUAUCCUUUGCUAUUUCUUUUUCCCCCAGCAAUGCCAUCCUUCCCGAAACCUUUUCGUUUUCAGCGAAUGUGGACCUUACAUCAGGAGUAUCCAACUGUCAUCUUGCAGGCCUGGAGGGAAGAUCUCUCAUAUCAGCCACUUAUUAACCUUAUGCUCAAACUGCGGAAGGUUAGGAAUCAUUUGUGA